GCGUAUUAUGAAAUUCUGCAGCUAGGUGCCAUGGAUAGGUGCACAUUGGCAAGCUGCCGCGAGCACUUCCCAUCCCUAUCACAGUAACCUUAAUUUCUUACUACAGCAAUGUUUAUAUAGGGCGCUAGCCUACCUACUUGCUGGAAAUGGCGGGAAACGGGUGCCGUGAACUUAAGCCCCGACGAAUUUGCAGCUUUGCUCCUGUAGAUUGGUUAGGAGUACUAUGCCUGCUUCACCUAUCAGCUAGCUUGGGGAGGGCGCAAAGCAUUGUGAGCUUACAAGGCAAGCUCGUGGUGCUCAAUGAACCCCGCAGAGGUUCACACCUUGCGGGUCGCACCACCUACCAUUUCCGGUUGCCAGCCCCUGAUGCGACAACCAACGAUUGGGUAUUGUAUUCCCUCCGGUUCGCCCCUGGGGUGGCGCUGCCGGAGGGAGCAGGAGGAAGGGCCUACCUGACCGGCGAUAUCUUCCAGCUCUCAGUAGACCUAGACCGCUCGGGCCCAUUGCCCGCCGGAACCCCCUACCAGGACUCCAGCGAUGCCGCCGCCGCAGCAGCAGCAACCGCCAAGGGCCCCGCAGGCACCCUGUACGUCAAGGCAUGGUCGUACAUGCCUUAUUCGUACGGACUAGCAAACUACCUGGGAUCUGAAUCCGCAUCCGCGUCAUCAGCCGCUGCUGUGUCGUACUACCUAGGCGGCUCGGAUCCCCUGAAGCUGCGGAUGAUCGUGUGGGUUGUCAGUGAGGUGUGCGGAGUGGAGGUGGCGGCGGGAGGUACCGGAGCUAUUAGCGGCAUGACGACUGAGGACGUCUCAGAGCUCUUGUUCGGUCCGCAGCGUCCCUCACCCGCUUCAGCCCCACGCUACCCGCCCAUGACCCUGGCACGGCUCUGGGACGCCUGCUCGUACGGAUCUGUACGGCUGAAACGGCCGUACAUUCAGGUCGUGAACAUCAGCCUGCCGUGCGGGGGGACCCGGGCCAACGGCGCCGCUUGGAGGCUUCCGGUGGCCGCGGCAGCAGGGGCAGCAGCAGCAGCGUCGGAGGGGGGUACGGAAGCGGGGGCGGCGGAGACGGAGGCGGAGGCGGGGUUGAACACGACAGCCGGUGGCUGCGGGGCCAAUGCGCUGUGGGGCAUGAUGGAGUACGCUAGCAACUUCACCCGGGAGGUCCUAGGUCUGGACCCCGCCCCCUACCUGCGCCGCGUGCUGCUGCUGCCGUACUCCGCUGCUGCUGCUGCGCCCGCCUCCUCCUCCCCUCCUGCUGCAUCAGCGUCAUUAGACGGCAGCAGCGGUGGUGGUGUGUCGCUGUGCCCCGGCUGGCAGCAGCGGGGCUCACUGGGAUGCGAUGCGGCGCUGGGGUGCGACAUGUGGAUCAAGUCCGACCCCUCGCAGCUGCUGCAGUGGCUCACCACCCAGCUGGGAGCCAGCAUGGGGCUGCAACCCGCAACCGCACCCCCCCACACCGCGCUGUUGACAGCCGCCGCCACCUCGCCCGCUGCUGCUGCUGCCGCCUUCGAGCCCCCUGCUGCCCCCGCCAGCACCUCCGCCGCCUCAGCGGUGCGCUGGCUGCCCUCGGACCCCUCCUGCGCUAUGGGAUCGCCGGGUGGCGGGUACAGGUGCUUCAACGCGCCCAACUCCCUCAAGCUCUUCUUCUCGCAGCCCGCCAGGCGGCUGGACAGCAGCAACAUGUCACCGGGCGCCAGCAUCUCCGUACAGCUGCCCGCUGCAGCAGCCGGUCGCAACAACCUGCUGCUGCUGGCGCCCUCCGAGGGACCCCUCCUGUCCCCGCCAGCCCCCGGCAGCACCCCGCUGUCCCCAACAAGCGGCCAGCUGACACUGUUUGUGCAGUACAGGGUUCCAAUCGGGGGCGACGCGGGUCUGGCGGCGGCGGUGCGGGCCAAGGUUGUUGUACACAGCUUGAACGCCUCUGCGGGCACUGCGGGGGGACCCAUGGGUCGGUCGCCGCCCAGUCGGCUCGUCGCGAUGAUUACACCGGGCGAGGUGUACCGUGAUACAUCCGCACGAGUGGUGAUCAGGUUCCUGGCGGCCCUGCCUCCCCCCGCUGGGGAUGACGGCGGCGUGACGGGCGGCGGCGCCUCCCUGGCGCUGUGUCGCUACCUCUGGGAGAGCGAGGCGGCGGCGGACGGGGGAGCGGGCUGCGCGAACGGCGUGGAUGACGAUUGCGAUGGCCUUGUGGAUGAGGACGACCCGGACUGCGCACCUGACGUUUGAGACGUGCUUGAAUUGCUUCGGCCGGCUGGGGAUCUUUGUUUUUUAGGCGUCUGCGACGAAGGGGGGUUGGUGACCUAUGGGACCUCAUAAGGUGGCGUGCAGGUAGCUGGGAGGGGGGAGCGUGUCUGGGGGCUACCGAUCCUGGUGUAGAUGUGGGGGUUGCGAGGUUGGUUUCAUGAAAGGCUGCGGUUGUUUGACGAGGUGUGUGGGGACUGGCGUGGAGGCGGGAGUGCGGGCGAGCGGAGGAAGGGAGCAAGUGGUUAGAGGCUAUGUUUAGUGCGGUCAUCAGGGGCUGCGGUGACCCGAAUUUCAGAUAGAUGGCCCUGACGUUACUGCACUACUUGCCAAUGCAGCGCGGGCAGAACGUUUUUGUAGCUGACUGUAGUAGAACGUCUUUGGGAAGGGAACUGUCUAGGCUGUCUUUGCGCAGGACAGUGUCACAAAUGGACAUGGCCAUGACAGCGGCAUGUCCCACCCGACACCAGGCAAGUAGCCUUGUGUAUGGCUUAUUUAUAUAAGUAUUAGGCCAAUGUAGACAACACGCGCAAAAAGGUACAUUCGCCAACGGGUACAUUGGCUAGCAGGUUUUGUUCAGGUGCAGCCGUAGGAAAGCCCAGACGCGUUUGUGUGUAUUGUGAUUUUACUUGAACAACACAAAAAAGGGUUUUAUCAGGUGACCCUCCCUUGCGCGAAGUGCGCUACUUCCCUUACGUACCGGUACGGCAUCAAUGGGCACUCGCGUUUUAAGGCGCCGCCGCCAUUUCGUAAAGGCCUUCUGUAGCUGUAACACCAAUGAAAGCCCUUUUAUUCUAACCUACCAGACGAGCAAGCCUCUAGUUUACAAUGCCUUCUUUACAAUUAAUGAGGUUCUGCCUGCCAGCUGUCGAGGAAUAUAAGGUGGCUCUUAAUGAAAAACCUACCACUAACAUGGCUUCUUAAGAUAACGUGC